AUGGCUAGCGAGCACCCGAACACAGCAACAGGUUCCGGCCACGUCGCUCAAGACGACGAUGAAUAUGAACAUAGUCGGCUGCUAUCCUACAACCAAUCUCCACGCUCCGCCUCACCCGACAGCGACAUUGUAGUCCAUCCUGCGACCAAGUCGCAAUCGCCCCAUCCACCUGCCUUUCCACCUAGAAGGCAGUCUUCAUUCGCCCAGCCACGCCCUGCCGGCACUCCUCGAACAACAAACCGUGUCCACUUUGACAUUGAAGACUCGAUCCGCGCCAAGGAGGACUAUCUGACUGCAGACAACUGGAGCGAAAGGAGACACAAUGCCGGUCAACGCGCUCCCCUCCUGACAGGCAUCGAGGCUCCUGCUGUUACCCUGGCCGAGUCCGACUUCAAUCCCAAUGAACUUCUGGAGACUGCGCGACCCAAGAGUUCCAUGUCUAGCGCCUUUAUGAACAUGGCUAAUAGUAUCAUUGGUGCCGGUAUCAUUGGUCAACCAUACGCUCUUCGCCAAGCCGGUCUGCUUACAGGUGUCAUCCUCCUCAUCGUAUUGACCAUCACUGUGGAUUGGACCAUCCGUCUGAUCGUCACAAAUUCAAAGCUCAGCGGCACCAACUCCUUCCAGGCGACAGUCGAGCAUUGCUUCGGAAAGUCCGGCCUCGUUGCCAUUUCCAUUGCGCAAUGGGCCUUUGCUUUCGGUGGAAUGAUUGCCUUUUGUAUCAUUGUCGGAGAUACCAUCCCUCAUGUCAUGUCGGCUCUAUUUCCCUCGUUGGAAGACAGUCAUUUUCUAUGGCUUCUUACCGACAGGAGAUUCGUCAUAGUCGUCUUCAUCAUGGGCAUCUCCUACCCUUUCUCGUUAUAUAGAGAUAUUUCAAAGCUCGCAAAAGCUAGUUCGCUGGCUCUCUUCAGCAUGCUCAUCAUUGUCAUCACCGUCAUCACCCAAGGGCCAAGAGUUCCUGCCGAGAUGAAGGGCCCCAUCAAAGGCUCCUUGAUUAUCAAUACCGGCGUUUUUCAGGCUAUCGGUGUCAUAUCCUUCGAUCAUAACAGUCUACUCAUCUAUGGAUCAUUACAGAAGCCAACCAUGGACCGCUUCGCAAAGGUCACUCACUACUCAACCAGUAUCUCGAUGCUUGCUUGUCUCGCCAUGGCCCUUUCUGGCUAUCUGAAUUUUGGAAGUUUAACCCAAGGCAACGUCCUCAACAACUUCCCUACAGACAAUGUUCUCGUCAACAUUGCCAGAUUAUGCUUCGGCCUCAACAUGCUCACGACACUGCCCUUGGAAGCCUUUGUCUGCAGAGAAGUCAUGAACCUCUACUACUUCUCCCACGAGGCCUUUGACCCCAAUCGCCAUCUCAUCCUCACGACUGCACUGGUCAUCUCAGCUAUGGGACUGAGUCUACUGACCUGCGACCUUGGUAUUGUGUUUGAGCUCGUUGGCGCCACCAGUGCUUGCGCUCUUGCUUACAUCUUGCCUCCACUGUGUUAUGUCAAACUCACGCAACGCAAAACGUGGGAGACUUACGCUGCAUAUGUCUGCAUAGCUUUUGGUUGUGUUGUCAUGGGCAUUAGUGUUCUGCUCGCUGGCGCCAAAAUGGCCAGAGGUGAAGGCGGUGCACAGAGCUGUUGA